ACAGUUACGGUACGGUUAGACAUCUAUAGGUUCGGUCGUUCAAGAACGGUUUUUAGUAGUAGAUUGCCGUCAGUGGUAGAAUUUCAACUCAGUUUUUUUCGUUGGUGUUUCGUGACAACAUUUUUCUGCGUAUCUCGUGAGUUAUUAAAUGUAUCCACUACAAUUUACUCCAUCGUAGUCCAGGAUUUCCUGUGCCAAUGUUUAGAUCACGAUAAAAUGAUGAUGGAACACAGAUCUUUGGACCCAUACGAACAACAGCUGUUAAAAGUCUUCGAUAGUUACGAUUAUGAUCAAAAAGGUAGCUUAGAUCGUGACGGUCUCGUACAACUUUGUCAAACAUUACAACUCGAAGAACGGGGCACGGAACUUAUAAAGUGCUUGUUGAAUGAAGCGAAAAGACGAGCGACUUUCGUCGAAUUCAAAGAUGCGCUUCUCGCCUUGCUCGGCAACAUUCAAAAUUCCUCCGAAAACAUCAACCAAGUUGACGGUUCUCCCGAAAGAGAAGUCAGUCCAAAAUUCGUUUACGGUUCGAAAAAAUACGGAAGACGAUCGCGUCCGAGGAGCGAUGAAAUAGUAUCCCCAAUUAAAGAGAGGAACGAUUCUAAAUGUAAUAUUAAUAAUAACGUGAAUUCCGUGCAAAGAUCGAAUUCUCAAAGUGAUGUUUUGUAUACGAAAAAGCGCAAGACUAGUGUUAAUUUAAAGAGAUGUACUUCGUUUCCGGGAAGUAACUUAAUUGAUAAUGAGUUUAACGAUGAAACGUUUAUUAAUAAUCAUUUGAUUUGCACUGAAUCGAUGUUGAGAGAGGCGUGGAAAAAAUUAGGUGUGGGUGAGGAUGGGUAUUUGAAUCAGACGGAGUUAAUUUUAGUUUGUAACGCGAUCGGGUUGAAUGAGUUAGCUAAUGGGGUACUUCGUCAGAUUUCCGAUCGAUUAAUAAACGAUUUCGAUCAUCGGAUUAGUUUCGAGGAACUUCUCGAGAUUUUACAACGAGAUGAAGCAUGGAGCGACGUCCUAAAUAGCACCCCCAAAUCAGAUUUAAACAUAUCAUGUCCUUCAAACGAUUCGAUCUUUUUAAACUCCAAAAGCGUCCAAUACAUAACAUUAGGACCAAGGGGGAAUGGUUACAUCAACAUUGACACAUUAAUUGAACUCUGGGAAAUGGCUGGUAUAACAUCCCCAAAAUUAUUGAUAAAUGAUUUAGGAUUUACCUCAAACGAUAUUGAUAUUGUCGAAUUAGCUUCGGUUCUUGAAAAAGAAAUAAAAGGAAUUCAAGAAACGUCAAGAUCUGAUUUUUCAAACCCACACAUUGCGUUGCUUCAAGCUGUUUUAGCCUUGUAUCAAUCUGAAAUAAAAUGUUUAAAAAAUAUUUUAGAGCAAAUGCAAGCGGAGCGAGAAAAAUUAAAAUCAGAUGUAUCCGAGGCUAAUAAUAGGGCUUCGCUACUUGCCCAAGAAGUCGACGAUAACCACGCAAAAAUGGAAAAAAGCACUUUAAAACAAGUUAGACACCUCGAACAGCGACAUUCCGAAAUACUUAAAGAUCUCACCGAACAAUUUUCGAAUGAGAAAGAUCAAAUGUCGUCACUUAAUAAAAAUUUAGAAGAACGUAUUAAGAAUUUGGAAACUGAAGAAUAUCGACUUCGUUCCGAUUUAAAUGUCGCCCAUAAAUAUCACAGUUCCAUCGAGAAAGAAAAUCAAACGUUAUCGAAUCAAGUAACGGAAUUGGAGCAAGCUCGGGAUACUCUUAAUGAACAGGUGAGGAGUUUAGAGUACGAGAAGCAACAAAGUCACGAUUCCGAACAACUUCAUAUCCAAAGUCUUGUGGCUAAGUUGUCGGAGCUACAGUUGGAAAAUGUACGUUUACGAGAUCGCAACGAUGAGAUGCAAUCGGAGAUUGAGAGUUUAGUGAGAAGUAAAACUGUCGUCAAUGCCUCAUUCAGUGAUACUUCGAUUGAUAAUGUUCCCGUUUUGCUGUGUGAAGGUGUUGGAGGAGGACAUGGUGCCAAACGAAGGAGUGAUGAGUCGCCUUCUAAAGAUUUGAACGUUUUAGGAUUAGGCGAUACAAGUCCAAGAUUAGGAAAAGUACGAAAAUUCCAAAAAAACAAAGAUAUCUUGGAACUACCAUUCACCUCCAGCGAAUCCGGCUUCGAAACGGAACUUGAUUGUCUCGAUUCGUCUUUAUCGAAUACCAGCAACGAAACUGACGACUUGGUUAUGAGGCUUCAAGCCAAAGUCGACGCUUUGGAGCAGGUUCUUUUAGAAAAUUCGAUUCCUUUACCAUCGCAUUUCGCGUCUGAAUCGGAAUCGGAUUCCGCACUACUCAAAGUAAAAAAACUGACCGGCAAUUCAGACGAUAUCGAACGUCUUCUGAUCGAUCUAAAAGAUGACAUUCAACGAUUGUACCUGAAAAAUACCGCCAACGAAGACGUAAAACGCAUAAACGAUAAUUUCGAACGACUUGUAUCGACGGGAUUGAAUGUCGGCCCUGUUACUUCAUCAGUGUCGACACCCGAAAUUAUUACGCAUUUUGAAGCCUUUAAAAAACAAACGAACGAUGCCUCCACUGAAACGGAACCUAAUAAUAAACGAAAUUUCCAACCGAAUGAAAUCGAUCCACAACAAGAUCAAUUGUUGAACGAAAGGCUUAAAAAAAUCGAAGAAGAAAAUGAAGCACUAAAGAGUAAAUGCGAGGAGUUACAACAGUGUUUACAACAGCUCGAAAAUGAAUACGUUAAUUGUGAAAAGUAUUGGGAAAAUACGCUUGAAGAGGAAAGGAAGGUUUUUGAACAAGAACAGAUACAAUAUAGCGAGCAUUUGAAUCAAUUAACUGGAAAAAUCGCUGAAUACGAGGAGGAAUUCGUUGAGAAGAAAAACAGAUUACCACCAAUCGAGGAAAAAAGAAAUUUAGAAGAACAAUUUACAGAUUUAGAACAAGAAUUUGAAGAUUAUAAAGAUUCGGCAGAAUUCCAACUGGAUGAAAAAGAUCGAGAAAUAGCCGACUUAAAAGAGAAACUUGAAGAAGUCGUCAAAAACGAAAAAGAACUCACUUCAAUUUCGAUUCAAACCGAAAUUGAACCAAAAUCAUACAAUUUAUCAAACCACGUGGUCGAAUGCACAAACUUAUUCUCCUCAAACACCAUGCCUUAUCCUUUAUCAGUUCAAGAUAAAUCAACCCAAUUAUCAGAAGAUUCAAUCCCAAUUAAUUUAAUACCACCAAACAAUUCUUCUUCAACUUCAGUUUGGAAUCAACAAGAAAACUCCGAACCAAUGAUGAUUCACCACAAUUUGGAUACCACAACUUCACUCCCAGCAACAGUAUCAUUCCAAACACAAACCAAUUUUUCAGAAGAAAAUGUCGAAGUAAAACAAUCGCUUUCAAUGUACGACCUUCCAUCGACAUCAACAGAACCGGCACGUUCAUCUUCUUCGCAAAGGAUUGCAGCGCCGUUACGACCGAAAAGAAUGAGAAAACACGACAAAGCGAGUCAGAGACUUUAUAGCAAAAAAACGCAAGAUGUACCACAUCAACACCAUCAAAAUGAAAAUGAAAACGGUGCGAAAUAUUGUGUUAAUGAUAGGGUUGUGGUACCGUUGGAUACGUUGCAUAAUAUGAACGCUAGGAUACAUCAUUUGGAAAUAAGAUGUAGGCAGUUGCAAAUGUUUAUUAAACAACAACAUUUUCAUGCCGAUCAAGUUCUACAACAUUCCUGGCAAACACAUCGCGAAGAAAAACUUCAAUUACAAUUCGCAUUAAAAACAACUCAAGAAAAAUUAGAGCGCCAGUUUCGAAUUUGUAACGAACAACUGGAGCGUUUGGCCAAAAAUGAUAUGUUAGUGAAAGAUAUUUAUGUAGAAAACGCUUUUCUUGUCGCCAAUGUCCAAAGAUUAGAACAAAAAUGUAACCUGCUGUCGCAAUGUAAUGCAACAAAUUCUGUUUAAAUAUCAAUCAAAUGACGAUAGUAGGUUUUUACGUAACCUAAAAAAGCUAAAUAAUAAAAUCUAUUGUGCCUUCUUUCUUCUAUUAUUAUUAUUUUUUUAUAUGUUUUUGUGCAUUUACUCUUACGCGCUUCUGUUCGCAACGGAAAAGUGAACGCGUUAUGUUAUGUUACUUACAAUGUCAUAUCAUAUUGAUAUCGAUCGUAACUCGUACAUAUAUUUAUACGUUGUGUACAUUUUUGACCUAUUGUUGUUGAGGAUUUGAAUGAAAACUACCUACCUGAGUAUGUAAUAAGUUUAGGAUGUAAGUUUUUGGCGUAUUUACGACCCCCCAGUGGAUUGUUGAAGAUAGAGGAAGUUACAAUUAAGAUUUGUACAUUUAACUUGGAGGUAAAUCGUUUUUUUUUUGUUAUUUACAUAUCACUUAAAAUAUGUACUUUUUCCAAAGAAGUUUUUUUUUCUGUUAUUUUUAUCCUCAUCAUUAUUAUUAUUUACAUUAUUUGCAUCUAACUAAAGUGUCAUAUGGUUUAAUACUUUAGUAUUUAAUACAAAAUCAAUAAACUUGCAUUACUGAUUUAA